UUUGGUUGUGUUUUAAAUGUCCGAACCGUUUAAAUCGUUCUAUGAUCAAACGCUGUUGUUAAACAAACGAUCCAACCUAUUUAUACGAUCUAAUUCCGUGCCCUUUGAUAGCUGUUGUGAUUUGUGUUUACGUCUAUAAAAUAUACGAUUGUUUUCCUUGUGUUUUACAAUUUAGUGUUGGAUUUUGUGUUGAUGUGCACGAAACACUAUUGAAAUGGAAUAGUGCAUUUUUUUUUUUUUAACACGGUAAAAAAGUGGCAGAGACAACAAAUUAGUGCUGUGAACCGGUUAAAAUAUCGAUAUUAGUUAAACAUGUGACAAUGACAUAUUCGAUACCGUCCAGUCUAUGACUGGUGUUUGAGUAACACUAGUGAUGUGCCGAUGUCGAUAAUGAGUGUGCCGCGGUCGCAACUAGUGCUGCUCUUCAUGCUACUACAUUACCAUGUCGAUAGUCAACAAGAGGUGCUUAUUGAGGAGUCGUUGGAAGUGGAAUCACUACACGCGCCUACAGGUGGUACUGUUGAAUUGCCUUGUGACGUGCGACCGGCCCAGCCUGAAGAUAGAGUCGGAUUAGUCAUCUGGUACAAGCAGGGACACGAAUCUCCUAUUUACUCAUUGGACACACGAGAAGGUGUGACGUCACACUGGUCGGAUCCCACCAUCUUGGGCACUAGAGCGUCAUUCAGAACUAAUACAACUCCUGCUGUACUCAUACUUACGAGGUUAAGGGCUGAAGACAGCGGUCAAUACAGAUGUCGAGUGGACUUCAUUAAAUCACAAACAAAGAACACACGGCUCAACCUAACCGUACUUAUACCACCAGACAGGUUGCUGAUAAUAAAUCAAGAUGGUAAGGAAGUGGAUGGAAGUGUCCUUGGCCCUUAUGACGAAGAUACCACAGUCAAUCUCACAUGCAUCGCUGUUGGGGGUCGUCCAACAGCUCGUGUAUCGUGGUGGAAAUCUCACGCAUUGCUCGACAACUCUGAAGGCAAGGCUAAAGUGUCUCUCAAUCUUCAUAGAUCUGAUUACGGCACUGAAGUCACAUGUCAGGCUGUGACGGAUCCCUCAAUAACUCCAUUAUCUCGGACACUGUCCGUCGAUAUGAACUUACGUCCGCUGUGGGUACGUAUACAAGGUGGACAGCGACCUCUGGUGGCAGGUCGCAGUACGUCUCUCACCUGCCAGGUGGUGGGGGCUCGGCCCGCGCCCACCAUCUCCUGGUGGAAGGGAGCCAACAAAAUGAAUACUGUCACACAAACGACGGCAUUGGACGGCAACAUAACGAGUAGUGUGUUGACAUUCGUACCAAGUAUUGAAGACAGCGGUAGAGCGCUGUCGUGCAGAGUGGUGCAGCCGACUCUGGUACAUUCCACAAGAGAAGACGGCUGGAAACUGGAGAUACAGUAUUUACCAGUUGUAAAACUAAGUGUUGGUGCUAACAUCAACGCUGAGAAGGUGGUGGAGGGAUCUGAUGUUUAUUUGGACUGCAAAGUGCGAGCAAAUCCUUCGCACAGUCAUGUUUCAUUCACACAUAACGGUGUAGCAGUAAAGCCAGGAGUGGGAGUUCUGUUGGCCAAUCAGAGUUUAGUACUUCAACAUGUGUCUCGAGCUGCUGCCGGAGUGUACAUCUGCUCCGCUAGGAAUGUACUGGGAGAUGGACACAGUCAGCCUUUGCUCUUGGAUGUUAAAUUUGCGCCGACAUGUAAGUCGCGGGAGCCGGGUGUGGUGCGCGCGGCGCGGGGAGAAGUGGUUACUAUACGAUGCGAACUGGACGCCAAUCCUAAGAAACCGAUGACAUACCGAUGGUGGUUCAACAGUUCAACUCACAGUAAGAAGGAACUGAAGACUUCUGUUAUGUACUCACCUUAUGAUGAACUGGGUACAUUCCAGUACGUAGUGAACAGUUCAGAAGACUACGGAUGGGUACAAUGUACUGGACAGAACUCUAUUGGUUCACAAAUUGAACCCUGUCUAUUUCAAAUCUUACCAGCUGAAAAGCCAUCGAGUGUGAAAAACUGUGAAGUCACAAAUGUGACUUACGACGCUCUCUCAGUUAACUGUACUCCGGGAUAUGAUGGCGGAGUUAAACAGUACUUUGUAUUAGAGAUUUACGACACAGAAACCGGAUAUUUACUACGUAACUUAACAAAUGAGUCUCCUACAUUUGAAGUGACGGAUUUGUACUCUCGCUCAGCUCUCACUUUGUCAAUAAAAGCGAGUAAUGCUAAAGGUUCCAGUGAUGCCUUCAUACUUACUUGUAGCCUCAUCAAAUACCCUGAAAGGAGGACAGCGGCCGUGCCAGUGCGUGUGGAGUUGACCACAUUGUUGGUGGUAGUGUUGGUCGGUGUUGGCCUGUUUGCGGUGGCAGCCGCAGUCUCCGUCACAAUGUGCUACUGCAAGUACUUCAAUAAUAACAGAGAAAAUAAUGAAAAAGCUAAGAGGCCUCAAGACGAGACCUCAGACGUGUUGCUGUCCGGUAUGAAAAAGACUGAAAGUAAUGAUAGCGUAGAUAAAAAUCCAGAUAUAAUACCAAUAAAAUCUAAAAUCAGCGACAACUGUUCGAUUAAUUCCAAUAGACCUCUGAUGUCAAAAACCAAGGACAAAUUCGAGCCAACAUUCGACAGUUUCCAAUUGCCAAACAGCAGCCAAUACGAUACAAAGUAUCGAAUGCCGCAAACAUACCAACAUACAUUGACACCAAUGGCAAACGUUGGCGCCAAUGUUUGCUGGCAGCCAUGUGACAAUGUUUACGAAGAUUGGUUGAGAUAUAAAAAUGCGUUGCCGUUGGAUACCAGUGAUUUGUUACCAUUGGAACAAUUACGACCACCAGAAGAGUAUUUACCACCACCUUUAGUAUACAGCGAUACACUGCACAACACAAGUGUGUCACAGUUACAGGACUGUGACAUGUACGCGAGCAUGUCGCGAGACUUGCUCGUGUGUCCAGUACGUGUCAGCGCUGAACAUAAUACCGCGUAUUAUACGCGUGAAUCUAAUUACGUACGUAAUAAUCCAAUGUCACCGAAAAGACUAGCAAAGGAGACAAAAACGGGCGCAAAUAAACAAAUAGACACGAGUUUGGGGUCGACAGAGUUAACAGAAUAAUUAUAUAAUAACUAAACACUUUUGGUACGCAAUGUACUAAAUUUAAAUAAGUGUUGAACUGUACAUUCGCGAGUAAAUAUAUGUUAUAUAAUAUUGGAG